GUAUUUCCGGUGGAAUGCGUAGCAGUGGUAGGCGGAGCAAAGAGUCUGGCUUGGACGGAUCCGGUCUGGGCUCAGAGUCCUCCCUUCCCUUUCCCCCCUCUCCGAGGAGCUACGGGGAAGAGGCCUUUAGAGCCCAGCACGCGGCCGCAGCCGCUUCUCCUGCAGAAGUAGCCCGGAGCGCAAGGAGGCCAGGCCAGUCCGAGCCCGGGGAGCGACGGGUCCAGACCGCUCCCAGGGCGAGCAAUCCUGAUUAUGACAUCACGGCCAUCCCCUUGGUGAUGGAGCUCAUCAUUAGGAUGGAAGAAUGAGUCUGAUCAUAACAUACAAGAUGGGUUACUGGGAGCAUAUCAUGAGAGGCACCGAGUGGAGUCGUGAGGGGGCUGGAGCCUUGUGAACAGGGACCCUGCCCCACGCCAUCUGCCAGGGCCUGGUCUCAGUGAUGAGACAUGGGGUAUGAUGUAGCCCGUUUCCAGGGGGAUGUUGAUGAAGACCUUAUCUGUCCUAUCUGCAGUGGAGUUCUGGAGGAGCCAGUACAGGCCCCUCACUGUGAGCACGCCUUCUGCAAUGCCUGCAUCACCCAGUGGUUCUCUCAGCAGCAGACGUGCCCGGUAGACCGAAGCGUAGUGACAGUUGCCCACCUGCGCCCCGUCCCCCGGAUCAUGCGGAACAUGCUGUCAAAACUGCAGAUUGCCUGUGACAACGCUGUGUUUGGCUGCAGUGCCGUUGUGCGGCUGGACAACCUCAUGUCUCAUCUCAGUGAUUGCGAGCACAACCCCAAGCGGCCCGUCACCUGCGAGCAGGGCUGUGGCCUGGAGAUGCCCAAAGAUGAGCUGCCCAACCACAACUGCAUUAAGCAUCUCCGCUCAGUGGUGCAGCAGCAGCAGACGCGCAUUGCGGAGCUGGAGAAGACGUCAGCUGAGCAUAAGCACCAGCUGGCUGAGCAGAAGCGGGACAUUCAGCUGCUGAAGGCGUACAUGCGAGCUAUCCGCAGUGUCAAUCCCAACCUUCAGAACCUGGAGGAGACCAUUGAAUACAAUGAGAUCCUAGAGUGGGUCAACUCCCUGCAGCCCGCACGGGUGACACGCUGGGGUGGCAUGAUCUCCACGCCGGACGCCGUGCUACAAGCCGUCAUCAAGCGCUCUCUGGUGGAGAGUGGCUGCCCAGCCUCCAUAGUCAAUGAGCUCAUUGAAAAUGCCCACGAGCGAAGCUGGCCCCAGGGCCUGGCCACCCUAGAGACACGUCAGAUGAACCGGCGCUACUAUGAGAACUACGUAGCCAAACGUAUCCCUGGCAAGCAGGCAGUGGUAGUGAUGGCCUGUGAAAACCAGCACAUGGGGGAUGACAUGGUGCAGGAACCGGGCCUUGUCAUGAUAUUUGCGCAUGGCGUGGAGGAAAUCUAGGAAACCACAGCAAGACUAUAAAGCGAGAAGGAAACCUGAACCCCUACCACUCCACUGGGCAUGUCCCUCUCACCCCCACUUGCCUAUAUUCAAGCCCCAGCUUCCCAUUCUUCUGGCACUAAAGUGCCCCAGGGCAUUAGUUUCUUCUCCUACAUACCUCUAGCCCCCUGUGCCCAAGAGGGAGAUCCAGAUAUGGAUGCUAUUACUCUUAUCUCCUUCCCCCCCAAAUUUCUGUACAUUUUCAGCCUGAUUGGAAGGGCCCCCACCUCCACGUCCUCUAGGUCCAGAUGUUUGCAGAAGGCACAAAAACAUCCAUUGCUCGUUGCUCCUAGAGGAGAGGGUGAAGUGUAGCACCACCUCAAACCAAGAGGUUGGAGCAGGUAGGCAUUCUGGUCCUUAGCAGGAUUGAUGAGGAAAUGUGAAGGGGUGGGGCAAGGUCAGAAGGAAAGAGAUAGGAGUGGUGAGUGAUGCCAAAUAGAAACUGAUCAGCACUGGUGACUGGGGGUGGGGUGGAGAUGGUGCUCAUGACUAUUGUGCCAAGCAGGAAUCUUUCCCUCCACCCUUGGGGAGGGUGAGGGGCAGGUUUUAGCUGAAAUGGGUGGGUGAGUGGUUACUGAAAUGUGUCAACUGAGCCUCUCUUCUGUCCCCCGUUUUCAUAAAUAGAAUGAUGGGUUCUGGGAGUUGGGGUGGGGGUGGGUUGGUGCAGCCAGGAAAGAGCCCUUCCCUGCCUGGCCUUUGCCAGAGUGGGGUGGGCUGAUGUCCUUUAUGGCUAGGGCAGUGGUAGUUCCCAGAUUCCCCUUCCCCCUCCCCUUGUGAUUGUGGUUCAGUAUUUUUUGUAAUAAUUUGCUUUUAGGUUUUGUUGUGUUUAUAUUUCUCCCCAUUUGGCGAGUUUUGUGUUUAAAAAGAGUGAGCCACCUCUGGCCUCUCCCAUUCCCCACUCAGCCAAGUGUUGGGUAUUUAAUUUAUUUACAUUAUUUUUUCUUUCCUUUUUAAACUUUAUUUACAUUAUUUCUUUCUUUCCUUUUUUCUGCUCUUUCCCCUCCCCCCCCCAAAAAAAGACCAAAAAAGCUUUCCCUUUCUCCUCCUCAUCCAAACUCUUCCCUCCCAAACCCACAAGAAUUAAAAACAUUAUUCCUUUGCUGUUCCUUUUGUGGGGGAUCAUCUUGGGUGUGAGGGUUGGGAUGGGGCCUGUUCUUCCCCUUCAUUAUUCUAAUCUUUUGCUUGAGCAUAGGUGAACACAGUGGCCCUUGGCUGAUAAGAGACCUACCUAUGUGUCUAUUCCCCAACCCUAAUUUCUCAGAUGUCUUCUGUUUGACUCCCAUCAAAGACCAACAUGUCUCAGCCAUUUGGAAAGCUGGAGCCUCUGGCCCUCUCACCCUAAAACUUCUUGGAGCUUGCAACAUUAAUUUUUGAAGACAAGCUUCUCUUUUCCCUUGAGUUGUGGGGCUGGGUUUGGGCAAGCUGCUAUAGCCACUUUGGCAUUGGUUAGGUUCAAGCUGGUCAUCCAAACUCUGAGCUGGCUACUGGGAUAAUUGUUUUGUUUCUCAAGGCACAGCUUGAGGUUGGUUAUUUCAUAGCCAUUUAGUUUCUGUUCUUUUUGGAAUUUCCUAUGCUUGCAGUUGGUGAGUGGUCCCCUUUCUAGGGUGCCUCUAGAACCGGACAGGAAAGGCAUAUGUUCUGGCUGCCAUCAGGAGCUCGGAAAUUAGACAAAAGCUUUUCCACCAAGCAAAAUUAUUGUACCUAGUAAGUUUCCCACUAUCUGACCCCAAGAUAACCCCCUUUGUUUUUUGCCUGAAAACCUAAAAUGAAUCUGGGAAUCAUGAUUCGGGCAAUCUCCAUCCCUCACACCGGUGUCUACAGGUUCUGGCUGUGUUUGUGUUCAUGGUAUUGACUGCAUUCAUAAUAAACCUUUUACUCUACUCACCAAAUUUUUAACUCAGCCUUUCUACCAGGGUUUCUCCUCUGCCCUUUGUCCCCUUUUUAUCUCUCUUCAUUACUUCUUUGCUUCAUAAACUGUUUUGGUCUCCAGUGUGUAAGUUUAUGAAGGUCGCACCUUUUUUUUUUUUUUGGAGGGGUGAGUGUGUGUGGCAUUUUAGGGUGUUUUUCUUAAAUCUUUUGCCAGCUACCUGUAUCUUUAUGGCACAGACUCGUAUCUUUACCUUCAUACAAUCCUUUCGUUUUUAGCUGUGAAUUAUAUAUCCAAGGCCUCGAAUCCUACCUUGAUCUUCCCUGUCUCUGAUACCUACAGUGGGAACUUUCCCCUCUUUUGUUACCUUUGCUUUGGGAACCUAGAUUCUAUACUAAAGAAGGGAAUUGUGACCCCCUUUCACUUGCAUAAUCAUUCUCAUGGAACGAAGGGGCAACCUGAGGAUACAGUAAAUAGUAACUGUCACCAAGAGGAGUGUGAUGUACUCAAUAGAGUUGGCCUUGAAGCCACAGAGACCUGCCCAGUGAAUCAGUGCUGGCCGUGUUACCUGGGUUAGUCGCCUAGUCACUCAGUGUUCUAAACAGCUACAGCGGUUUAGGUUUAUCAAGAAGGUCCUGACCUGCAUCGGUAGUAAGAGUUUCCUUAUGCAGUGCCUCCUGCUACUAAUGAAAUCCUAAAUAACAUCCCUCUGUGAAGAAAGUUACAAUCUCUGGUACCACAGCGCGUAAGUAUGAAGUGACCAGAAUGUAGCGACUGACCUUAAAUGUGGUUCUGGGCUGAGAGCAGGAACGUGGAGUAACCCUGCUUUUAGUGGGGAUGUUAUUGCUCAAAACAUAUGCAGAAUUGGCUGCAAAGUCUUUGGAAUACCAUUCAGUGCUACCUCCAUUCUGUACUUCUCCCAAAAAGUCAUUUGAAGCCCAAACUGGCCAAUUAGUGGUUGAUUAGGCCUUUUUUUUUAGAGACUUGAAUUUGUUGGCUAAGGACCAGUGUAGCUCAGUGCGGAGAAGCUUAUCAAAAAUAAGUUGGCUACUAGGUGACAGAAAUUUUUGGCCAUGGGAACACGAAGCAAUGAGAGAACAGGGGGCACUAUGCAAAUGUGAUUGUAAAACAUUGCGUUUGUAAGUGUGAAGAGGCUUGUGGUCAAAAGGUUGGAGUCAGUGGCUAGUUCUGAUCCUUUCUAGCUGUGUGAGCCCUUGGGAAAGUCACUUCAUCUCUCUGGGCUUCAUUUUCCUAAUCUGCAAAUCAGAAAUGAUACUUGCACUGCCUACCUCACAGGGCUGUUGUGAGGAACAUGCUUUGUAAGCCUGAAAAUGUUUUAUGGUUUACAAUGUAAGUUAUUAAUAAAUGUGAGUAAAUUCUAAGAGAAAAAA